AUGCAAGAGCUCGAAGCGGAGGAACGUGCCAUUCGACGCGGCUUCAUCUCAAACAAGAAUCCCGAAGAUCCCCCUGCUCGGUAUUCAGAUCCACGACACUUAAUCUGGCUUCCUUUUCCGCACACCACGUCUGGACAACCGGGUCGGUUUAAUCUUCAGCGUCAGUCCAAGACUCUUGUCUUCGCAUUUAUGGGCCGGCAUGUCUUCCGACGCGUCUAUGACUGUACCGCUGAAUUCGAGAAGGACCCGUUUCGCGCCUACUCGAAAGUCUGCGUGCACGGUUGUGCUGGAACUGGGAAGUCGCAUGUACUGGCAGCAUUAGCGUGCUUGCUUUUGCACGAAGGCAAGCGCGUCGUAUAUAUUCCGGACUGCGUGUAUCUUCUCGAAAGCUUCUUCAUGGAGAUGCGCGCUGCGUUGCAAUUCGCAUUUCCAGAAUAUGCAAGCACAAUGGAUGCGUGGACCGGGACUGAGCAAGUGCGCGACUUCUGCCGUGCUUGGCGUAAGGAAGGAUUAAUUUUCUUCGUGCUCGAUCAACGCGAGGCUCUUGACACUGUACCGAAUGAUCCAGACAGGGAGAGGAAGGGCCAGGUGCGAGGAUGGCUCGAUGAAUUGCUUGCUCGCAACUUUGUCGCCUUCAGUGCCUCGGCUGAAUCUAAGUCGUAUCGUGUACGACCAGGAGUGCGUACGAAUGUCAAAGAAUUCUCCAUGCACGCUGGUUAUGAUGAGGAAGAAAUGAACUGGUGGUGGAAACACAAUGUCAAGACUCUCCCGUCUAUUCGCCCCGAUGAACGGAAGUUUGUCGAGGAGCUCACUGGCUGCAACCCUCUCCUCCUUCGACCACUGAUUAGAGCAAAGGAACGCCUGUUCAUUGAUUGUAAAGAACAAUUCCUUGCCUCGGAGGAGCUCGUUCAUGUCCGUACUUCCGUCCUUUCCUUCCUGGCGAAGAAACAAGAGGCCUGGCUUCCUAAUACCGAGAAAUCGUUCUAUAAACAUAUGGAUGCGUGCGUGCGAGAGGUGUUCCUAUCCGCACCGGACGACGACAUUUAUGACCCACGCUAUUUUUACUUUACUAUGGUUAACGGCGCUUGGCAAGGCCAUUGCAUGUGUGGUAUUGUUCGCGAUGUCAUGGAGCAGAAGAUUACGGACUACAAAGCGAUGACUGCACGAAUGCCUCACUAA